CCUGAGAAGUUAACCAUCGCUCUGCUUGGAAAGAAAAUUCAGAUCAAGAACGUCAUUGGAAAUUUGAUCCUCAACGAUCAGAGAUACUUUAACUCAGAGUCCGACCCCCUGGUGGUGGGAGAGAACAUCUCAGUCAGGGUCAUCAACACACCGGACUUCUUUGAUGCAGAAUGUCUGAACCCGGACCAGCGGAUCAUUGACUUCAUGGCUCUUUCCCACCCGGGCCUCGAUCUGUUCAUACUGGUCAUAGAUCCUGAAAAUGCCCGAGAGGAAAAGGUCGUUGGUCAAAUCUCUAAACUUCAGGACGUCUUCGGAGAACAGAUCACGAAGCACUUAGUCGUCAUGUUGCCAGACCUCGAACGUUUACAGGCACUCGCUCACCUGAAGGAGAAGUUCAACGUUCUGCUCGUGGUCCGCACCGACGAUCUGCCCACUCAGUGCAGGAAGUGGUGUCAGAGGGGUCACCCAUUCGUGUACCAGUACAAAGACUACAGCCAAGUUGUUGUGGUACGAAGAAGGGCAGCCAUUGAGAAGAGAAGAGCCAACCACAGCUGUGGGAGUGGAGAUCCUGACGAAACCGGUCCGGCCACGUUGCAGCGCUACUUUGCUACAGCAGCUCCAAUAAGUCCCAGCGUCCUCUCAGUCCCAGACAACGUUUUUAACAUCGUGCUACUGGGACUCACUGGGACCGGAAAGAGUUCAUCUGCAAACACCAUCCUGUAUACUGGCAGGUCCAAGCAGGACAUAAAUCCAUUUAGAUCCGAGGCGAGCUCCAUCCCCGUCACCAACAACUGUGACGUCAGAGUCAUGAACAAGCUGUUCGGGGUCUCGGUGAGACUGGUGGAUACUCCGGACUUCUUCUGCGAGGACCUCAGAAACCCUGAGGCCCACCUAGAGGAGUGUAGGAGGUACUGUAAGCCAGGGUGGGGUGUGGUGCUGCUGGUGGUGCAGCUGGGCCGCUUCACCGACGGAGAGAGAGGGAUCUUACCUAAGCUGGAGGAGAAGCUGGGCUGGAGGAUCAGGGUGGAGACCAUCCUGCUGCUGACCCACAGAGACGACCUGAAGGGAGAUCUGCUCAGUCACGUUCAAACACAUCCUGACCUCAAGGGACUCGCUGAAAUGUGCGGUUUGGGUUUUCACGCGUUCAACAACAAGCUCCAGAACAACAAGCAGGUCAUCGAGCUCGUCAAGAAGAUUCCAAACUAUAAAGAACGUUUCCCGAAGAUCGCAAAGAAAGAAGACAAUCGCUGCCACUUGAGUUAGAUCGGCUCCACGUGCUCAUCAGUGCACGGCCUGAACGUGCACGUGACCAAGGAAUCAUACAAACAUGUUAAUCCACUCAUUAUCUCCUCACCACUAAGACACAAGUUAUCUCUCAUCUUAGUUCAGUCUUUGUAUUUAUUCUUAUACUUCCUCCUUCUCAACCUGCUCAGUCAUCACUUUUGGAUGUCAGCUGACGUGUGAGCUCUCUGUUGAUUGGUCAGCGAUGCAGAUUAUAAAGUCAGACAUGAUCACAUGAACUCUCGUCAGGUCGCUGUUGAGUUAACAGAUCGGAUUUGUUUCCUCUCUGUUUGUGAUUUAAUAAUCAAUCUGUGAGAACGAUUUCUGUUUAUCUGAAUUUCAUAUGAAACCUUGAGUCACAC